AGAGAAGCAUACAGGCAGAGCCAACUGUGCCUUUUGGCCUUUGAGAUUUGAGACCCAGAAGUCUCCCAUGCCUCCUUAUCAUAUCCGCAAAUACCAGGAUAGCGACCACAAGAGCGUGGUGGAUUUGUUCUCCAGAGGCAUGAAGGAGCACAUCCCCACCACCUUCCGCUACAUGCUGAUGCUGCCCCGAAUCCUCUUGCUCUUACUUGGGGUCCCUCUUACCCUACUCUUGGUCUCAGGCUCCUGGAUUGUGGUUCUUCUCGCCAGCCUUAUUCUCUUUACUUCCCUGUGGCUCCUUGCAAAACAUACUUGGGUGAAGUAUUUAGUAACGUGUUUGCACACAGACAUGGCUGACAUCACCACAACCUACUUGAGUUCUCAUGACUCGUGCUUCUGGGUGGCUGAAUCUAGGGGUCAGAUAGUGGGCAUGGUGGCUGCCCUACCGGUGGAGGAUCCCUUCCUGCAGAAGAAGCAACUAUGGCUACGUCACCUCUCUGUGUCAUUGGAGCACCGAAGACAGGGGAUAGGGAAAGCUAUGGUGAGGAGGGUCCUCCAGUUUGCACAGGCCCGGGCCUUCCCUGAAGUUGUCCUUUCCACCAGUGUGUUCCAGUAUGCAGCCCUGGCUCUCUACCAGGAUAUGGGCUUCCAGAAGACUGGCGAGUCCUACUUCACCAUUAUCUCCAGACUAAGGAAAUCUCCGAUGAUAAAAUUAAAAUACUGUCUCACUUCUGCUCAGGAAGGGGGCCUGUGA